GCGGUUGCCAUGGCGGCGGCUGCCGCGGGCCCGGGGUGGUGGCGGCUGGUGCUGGUGCUGGGCGCUGUGGGCUUGGGGGUCACCGGCGCCCCGCAGCACCCCAACAUCCUGCUGCUGCUCAUGGACGACAUGGGCUGGGGCGACCUGGGGGUGAACGGAGAGCCUUCCAGAGAGACCCCGAACCUGGACCGGAUGGCUGCAGAAGGGACGCUGUUCCCGAACUUCUACUCUGCCAACCCUCUCUGCUCCCCAUCCAGGGCAGCUCUGCUCACCGGGCGGCUGCCCAUCCGUAACGGCUUCUACACCACCAACGCACACGCCAGAAACGCUUACACGCCACAGGAGAUCGUGGGCGGCAUCCCAGACUCAGAACUGCUCCUGCCCGAGCUCCUGCGGGAGGCAGGCUAUGUCAGCAAGAUCGUCGGCAAGUGGCACCUGGGUCACAGGCCCCAGUUCCACCCCCUGAAGCACGGAUUUGAUGAGUGGUUUGGAUCCCCCAACUGUCACUUUGGACCUUAUGACAACAGGGCCAGGCCCAACAUCCCUGUGUACAGGGACUGGGAGAUGGUCGGCAGAUUUUACGAAGAAUUUCCCAUUGAUCUAAAGACAGGGGAAGCCAACCUCACCCAGAUCUACCUGGAGGAAGCCCUGGACUUCGUCAAGAGGCGCCAUGCGGGAACGCGCCCCUUCUUCCUCUACUGGGCCAUUGAUGCCACCCAUGCACCUGUUUAUGCUUCCAAGCCUUUCCUGGGUACCAGUCGACGAGGGCGGUACGGGGACGCCGUGCGGGAGAUUGACGACAGCGUCGGGAAGCUCCUGGGCCUCCUGCGGGACCUGCGCAUCGCCGAGAACACCUUCGUCUUCUUCACAUCUGACAACGGCGCCGCCCUCAUUUCUGCCCCCAACCAAGGUGGCAGCAACGGCCCCUUCCUGUGCGGGAAGCAGACCACCUUUGAAGGCGGGGUCAGGGAGCCUGCCAUCGCCUGGUGGCCCGGCCACAUCCCAGCAGGCCAGGUGAGCCACCAGCUGGGCAGUCUCAUGGACCUUUUCACCACCAGCCUGGCCCUCGCAGGCCUGAAGCCGCCCAGCGACAGGGUGAUGGACGGCCUGGACCUGCUCCCUGCUGCCCUGCACGGCCGGCUGACGGACAGGCCCGUGUUCCACUACCGCGGCAACACCCUGAUGGCGGUCACUCUCGGCCAGUACAAGGCCCACCUGUGGACUUGGACCAACUCCUAUGAGGAGUUCAAAAAGGGCAUUGACUUCUGCCCUGGGCAGGACGUCGCGGGGGUCACGACGCAUACCCAGGAGGAGCACACGAAGCUGCCUCUGAUUUUCCACCUGGGCCGAGACCCUGGGGAGAGGUACCCGCUCAGCUUUGCCAGUGCCGAGUACCAGGAAGCCCUGCGCAGGGUGGGCCCGGUCGUUCAGCAGCACCAGGAGACCCUGGUCCCCGGACAGCCCCAGCUCAACGUGUGCAACCAGGCAGUGAUGAACUGGGCGCCCCCCGGCUGUGAGAAGUUAGGCAAGUGCCUGCGUGCCCCCGAGUCUGUCCCCGAGAAGUGCCCCUGGCUCCACUAGCACCUGCCUCUGCCGGGGCUGGAAGAGCCCCAGCUGCCAUCGCCCACUGGCCACCAGCCCUGCAGCCUGCUGCCGCCCUGGCCCCACGGAUCUCAGGACCCCGCCCAUCUCCCCCGUCCUGUGGCUGUGACCCCCUCCCUGUCCGCGGCCCAGGACUCCGCCCCCGGCCUGGAGUACUUCCUGCGUCCUGGCCGGCCCCUGUGUGCUGUGCAGGGGGCGCCCCGGCUCCCCUCGCCUCCCUGGCCCCCGCGCCUCUCUACAGCGGGGUGGGGCAGAGGCCUCCCGGAGCCCGGGACCCCGGCCGGCGCCCGGCGGUCUCCGCCCCGAGCCGGGACGGCCUCAGCACCUGGGCCGCAUUACUCUGGAAUUGCAAGUGCUGGGGAAUUCCGAAUGAAAUUCUUAGAAUAAAGGGGCACAGACAUCCCAGCGCUGCCGUGAGCUGUGUGUGCUGGGGCCGAGGGUGCGCC